AGUUCAGUUUGUGCGUUUUAGAAGUUGUUGAAAAUACUUUGUGCUCCUCUUAUAUUAUUCGUUUAAUUGUGAUUUCUCUGACAAUUUUAAAAAUUGUGCAUUAUAACUGCUAGCAGACGGACAAUCCCGCAUGAAAAGGCAAUAGAAAGACUUCAGUCAACGUCCACCAUGUAAUUAUUAUACAACGACUCUGAACACCUGUCGUGGAAAUAAGUGUACUGUGACUUAGUACUUGUCGGAAGUGGUUAAACGUCUCAAAGAAGUUUAAAAGUGUACUAUUUUAAUUAUGUUAAUGUCAAGUGAUAUCAACAUCUCUCUAACCCAGACGCAAAUGUACGUUGCGCAGAGGGAGAGAGAGGAGAAAAUGCGCGCCGGCCAAGAUACCGUCGACAGCGCGAUUUUACCGCCGAAAAUACCGGCGGAUUUGAAGAAAGUACCAUCCAUAGAAACUUUGAAUAGUGAAAUGCCUAGAAAGGAAUUGCAGAAAGACAGAGGGAAAAAGGCUAUUAAGUGUUUACUGAAUAGACUUAGAUUGAAGAAAUAUGGAAGUGCUACAAUCUCGAAACCAGAUCCUGUAUACAGGGUAGCAUAUUUGGGAAACGUUGUUACUGGAUGGGCAAAAGGUGACGGUUGUUUCGAGAAACCUUUAACAACUUUAUGGCGAAACUACACCCAAUCGUCUCGUCCAGACGUCCGCAUGCAGCUGACAGUAAGCGGAGGCGGGCUAAAAGCCACAACCAAGGAUCACGGACUUACCGAAUAUUGGGCAAACCGUCUGACGGCCUGUGGAGCCCCGUCGCAAUUUCCUCGGCUCUUCUGCUGGGUCUACCGACACGAAGGCAAACGACUACGACACGAACUGCGAUGUCAUGCGGUGCUUUGCUCUUCUUCUGCCAUAGCGAAGCAAAUCGAAGAAGAACUUAAAGAAUCGCUGGCGCUGGCGCUUCUGGAAUUUAAGCGGGAAAAACUUUGCAGGCAAAACGCAAGGCUUUCUCUAGUCAACUCUGUCUACGAAAAUCCCACAAUACCGAGAAGAAAGAUUUUACUCAGUACGGGUUCACACAAUUAUAGACCGCCGUUGGAGCGAUCGAAAUCAGCUCCAAAAUUAAUGAGCAUAGAAGAAAUAAUUGAAGAAGAAGACGACGUGUUUCAUGAUUCCAAAGAGAGCAUUACGCUUAAAAAGCUUCUUAACCAUUGCAAUAGUUCUAGCAAUGUAUUGGAUAGAAGGAAAUUGUAUAUUCUGAGUACCAUUAGAAGUAAUAGCAAUCCAGCACCUGUAAAUGAAAAAAACUGUGAUGAAACAGUCAAUACAGAUAGGAGAGAAGAAACAGAACAUCUUAUGCUUGAUGAAAAAAGUGAAGUCAUUUUGAACGAGUUGGUGGAAAAUAGUCUAAAAAACGAUCUGCUCGAAUCUUGUGAAAAAGCAUGGUUCAACGCCUUAGGUCAAAAACCUGACUUAAUACCAAUAGAAAGCGACGAAGGUUCUCUCUCGAGCGGUUGUGAAUCAGCAGGUACUGCAGUUUCUGAAUCAGAACCGGUAUUCCCCACUAUUAAUGAAUUAGAAAUACUAGAAGAAGAAGAUCAGGAACUCGAAAAAAAGACUGAGUUGGAUUUUAAAGUUGGCGGUGCUGUUUUAUCCAGGGUGCGGAGCUUUGAAAGGUUAUCGAAUCCUGAUCUUCUUAAAUAUUGCGGUAUAAAUAACAAAAAACAGUUUUUGGAUCAAGAGGAAGUAUCUUUAGUACCUGUAGGUGAAAGUCAAACCGACUUCAGUUCUUUAAAGGUAUUUAAAAGAAGAACGCUUUCUGAUCCUAACUACAGGAGAUUGAGCGACAAUGGAUCUGAUGAUGAAAAUGGAAGUGCUUGUAGCGACGAAAGCGGGUAUGAAGAGGAAGAAGUGGCAAGUUCGAUAGGGAAUAUAGUAUUAGUCUGAGAUUGUACUGUGAUUGUAGAUAGAACUAAGUUAUUGUAGUUGGUAGAACUGUAGAAUUUGACAUAAUGAAGUAAGAAUUAUAUAUGUAUUAAAUACAAAAUACAUAAAAUCGGAUUUACUAGAAAAUUAUCAAAGAAAAAUAAAGAAAUCAAGAAUAAAUUUAUAUAAAUAAAUAGUGAGCUUAAGUAGUAUUAGGUCAGUAGAACCAUGUUGUUUGAAUAAAUAAGAAAGUCGAUCAAUUAAGACAUUAUUGAAAGUAUUUGAAGUUAUUUUAACUUUUGAUUAAGUGUAAUCGUUCCUUAAUAGUGUAAUGUAGUUGUGGUAUAGUAUAAGAUUCUGAAUACACUUUUCGCUUAGAUCUGCUGUCAGCAAUAAAUGCAACAUUAUUGUUUCCAUCAUUAUCAUUGUUGCGUUAACCAACCAGAUCUUUGUUUGCCUCUUUUUAGCAACUUCUGC